UCGACAGUUCUUAACGCUCAGGCAGGCGUGAGUGUGUUUGUGUUCACCCUGGUUUGACAGCAGCGAUCUUACUGGCAGCGUAAAGUGUGCGCGAGCGUGUUGCGUGCGUGUUUGUUACUGAGCGUCCUCUUCCAUGUGCGCUGCAUGGAUGCUGGUGUUAUUGCGCAGUGUGAAGUGAGCACCGGUAGCCGACACGAUGUCCAGCGCGCCGCACGACCCGUUCUACUCGUCUCCGUUCGGUCCGUUCUACAGGAGACAUUCGCCCUACAUGGUGCAACCCGAGUACCGAAUCUACGAGAUGAAUAAGCGGCUACAGUCCCGUUCAGAGGAGUGUGAUAACCUGUGGUGGGAUGCUUUCUCCACUGAGUUCUUUGAAGAUGAUGCCACCUUGACCCUGUCAUUCUGCCUGGAGGAUGGGCCAAAGAGAUACACGAUCGGCCGGACUCUCAUCCCCCGGUACUUCAGCACAGUGUUUGAGGGAGGAGUGACUGAGCUCUACUUUGUGCUGAAGCACUCCAAGGAGUCCUUCCACAACUCCAUCAUCACUCUGGACUGUGACCAGUGCAGUAUGAUCACACAGCACGGCAAGCCCAUGUUUACCAAGGUGUGCACGGAGGGCCGGCUGAUCUUGGAGUUCGCCUUUGACGACCUGAUGCGGAUUAAGACGUGGCACUUUACCAUCAGGCAGUACAGGGAGCUCAUCCCACGCAGCAUCCUGGCUGUUCACGCACAAGACCCUGGGGUGCUGGAGCAACUGUCCAAAAACAUAACCAGAGUGGGCCUGACCAACUUCACCCUCAACUACCUCAGGCUGUGUGUAAUCCUUGAACCCAUGCAAGAGUUGAUGUCGCGCCACAAGACAUACAACCUGAGCCCGCGCGACUGCCUAAAGACCUGCCUGUUCCAGAAGUGGCAGCGCAUGGUAGCACCCCCAGAGGUGAGGGCAGACACAGACAGAAAGACAGAGAGUCAUCCUCCGAACUUCAAAUCAGAAAUAUUUCCAACAAACCACAAAAAAGCUGAGCCCGCCCGACAGACGACGACAAAGAGGCGGAAAAGGAAGAACUCGGCAAGCAGUGCGUCCAGUGGCGUGGGUAACAGCAAGAAGCGCAGCCCGGCCAGCACCUUCAGUCUGUCCACACAGGUACCUUGCUCUCCGUCUCUGGUUCCCCCAGCCCAAAGCGGCCGGCGGAGUGACGGGGGGGUUUUCCGCGGCGCGCGGAGGCGGGUGGCCGGAGACGGAGCCGGGGAUGUGAUGGUGGUAGGGGAGCCCACUCUGAUGGGUGGUGAGUUUGGGGACGAGGAUGAGCGUCUGAUCACCCGUCUGGAGAACACGCAGUAUGACGCCGCCAACGGCCUUGAUGACGAGGAGGACUACACUUCCUCCCCGGCGCUAGGCAACAACGGCCCCUGGAACAGCAAGCCCCCAAACCCCCAGGACAGCAAGACCGACGCCACGGCAACCCAGCCAAGCCAGUAGCACAACCGCACCACCCACACCCCCAUCACCACAGAAUGGCAAGUCACCAUGCAGGUUCUAAACAAGAACCCCAAGGACUCUAUAUACAACUCUUUCUGUAGUAACAGCUCAGUAAACAGACACUGUGUCAAGACAAAUCCCAUAGCAUGAAAUAUUACUGCAAAACAACCUUAGCCAACUGAAUUCCUCAGCAAUGAUGUUCUCCAAGUAACCAAGUCUGGGCCCACGAUUCAGAGAGAAAGACUGAACUCAAUGGGCACUCAUUCUGCAGGACUCAUUAACCGAGGAGUGGAAUUUUGCAUAUGCACUGUAUAUAAACUGGUAGAGUUUGGCGAACAGAGAAAAGUAAUGCGUUGGACAUGAACACCAACCCCCUCCCCCAUCCCCCGAACUGCGUAUUGAACUGAGUUGAAAAUGGAUCCAGUUGACCGUCCAACUAUAACAAAGUUGAUCGAUGGCCCAACUCAAACUGAGCAGGACUCUGUGUAAAAGCCUUCAUCAGCACGAGCAAACCUGGACCAGGUGUGGGCCUAACACAGGACCCACUCAGCCUAGAAAGACGUUGGAAAUAAUGAGGGUCUUUUUUCUCCUUUUUGAAAGAAAGACAAUAGGUUGUCUUGACAUAUUGGGUUUUUUAGUAAACAGUGAACACAUCAAUUUUGUUGUUGUUGUUCUUGUUGUCAUUGUUGCUUUUCGUGGCGACGCAGUAAGCUACUGUCCCAUUGUUUUCUCCAUCUCCGAGUUGAAGUCAUUUUCUACAGCCUCUCUGCCCACACAGAUCCCUCCCCAUUUUAUACAUCUGUGUACAGUGUAACAUAUCAGCUCUCCUUCACACCCACACACAUAUGUACAUAGCAUCUGAUUCUCUCUGCCUCAUUUUUUACACCCAUGAACAGCAAUUUGUAUCUAUGUUUUCUUCCAUUUAUUUGAAGCCACACAGAAGUUGUAAAAAAAAAAAAACCUUUGUGAAUGUCAUAUUGUAUGGCAAUGGUUUGUUAAACAAUGUUCCCCCUGGUGAUUUAUUAUUCAUCAUCUUUUACGCAGACGGUUUGUCUGACGAAGCUUCAUUUUUUUUUUUUGGUAAAAAAAGAAAGAAAAAUCACAAGAAAUUUAUAUUUUGGUGUCUUUUUUUUUAAACAUUAAAUUCCCUCUCAUGAAUAACAUGUAAAUUAUGAAGUCACUCUGAAGACCAAAAAGUCCCACUCCUUGUGUAGUAAACAACUGGUCAUAUUUACUGAUGUCAUUCUAAAAUAAAAAAACAUUGAGUUUGAACACAGUUCAUGAGCAGACAAUAAAUGUUACAUGUUUGUUUUGUUCUUUUUAUGGUUAAUGUUUUUUUUAUUUGUAUUCCCAAUCUAAACAACAUUCUGGAUGAUAAUACAUAUACAAUUGCAACCAAUUCUUAGGGUAUAAUUUCUAAUUAAUUUGAAUAAUAUAUUAGCUGUUUGUAUAAUCAGGGAGUUGAAAUGGCCAUAAAUAUCACCUGUUAAAAGCAGGCGUAACAUUGCUUGUAGGAAUUUAUGACCAUAAUUUACUACAGUAUAAUUUCAUUAUCAUAACAAUACUAUGCACAAAUAAAUAUCUUAGUAAAACAUGUUGCUUGUGUUAGAUCAGAGCACAAGUCAAUAAUCCUGUAAAGCUUCUUGAGCUGAGCAAAACAGAUGAACACCUGAACUUACUAACCACUAAAUAUAGGAGUUAAGCCCACCCUGGGAAUUUUACCUUAAGUAUCUCUCCAAUAUUUUUCUUACAUGGGUGCAAGUGUGUGUGUGUGUGUGUGUGUGUGUGUGUGUGUGUGUGUGUGUGUGUGUGUGUGUGUGUGUGUGUGUGUGUGUGUGUGUCUAGGACUGUGUGUGUGUUGGUAAGGUCAGUGCAUGUCUGUCUGAUCAUUUCUGACGUGAGAGCAUGUGAUUGUAAUUACUGGGGAUUUCCCCCCCUCUUUAAAAAGCAUCUGGUUGAUUUCUUUUGAAAUCUCUGCUCCGGUUAACUCCUGGUGGCUUUAUGACCAAACGUUGCCCGGGAGAAAAUUGAAUUUAGUGUGUGGGGGUGGGGACUUGUUUCCCUUUUGCUGUGUGUGUGUGUGUGUGUGUGUGUGUGUGUGUGUGUGUGUUUUAGUUUUGUGUUGAAUGAGGUUGGUUGGAGUUAGUCUCCUUGUGUAAGGGAUGCAUGCCAUACGUACGCAUGACCUUAACAUCUGUGUAGACUGCCGUUGUGUUCUUGGUGAGAACCAUAAAAUCAGGUUUGGGUGGGAUAGCCAAUGUCAAGUCGGGGUUAAAUAUAAGGGCUGUAAAUUGGUGCAAGGGUGCUGUGAUAUCAAAGGGGUUUCUUUUCACACACACACACACACACACACACACACACACACACACACACACACACACACACACACACACACACACACACACACACUGCAAGGUCCUGUAUUGCAUGGCAAUGUUGAUGAUUCCAAAAUGUUAGUGCUGUUUAGGUUGGGAAUAUAACAUGUUCAUUAUGUAAAUAUAAUGAUAUUAACAGACUCAUACACAGGGCAGCUGAAUUUAACCUUUGUUUCUCUUAUGCGGAAUGUGCUGUUCCUUAGUUGUGUUAUACUUCAUGUUUGAACAUAUCUGCUAAAAAAUGACCUCAAAGUCCCCCUCCAUUGUUCAUGCACUCAUGCAUAUACCUUGUUUGUAUAUUUCUACAUUUGUUAUGAUGCCAAGUACAUUUCAAACAUCUGUUAUCACAUUAUUUUAACCCAAAAUGGAAUAUACCUGCAGAUAUCUAUGUCCGUCAACACUUGUGUGUUUCAUGUAUGCUUUGCUCUUAUUUGUGCUAAUAAACUGUGUUUAGUUGACAGUU